AUGCCGAAUUCUGCCCCUCAGGGACCGCACCGAAAGAAUUUCGCUGUCAAGCAUGCAGACGGAGAGCCGUUAACUCGGACAGAUCUCCAGUAUGACUUGCUUCACCAUAUAUUCAACAACUCCCUUGCCGUGUUUACGGACCCCUAUCCGACACUUAGCGGUGGACCUGCCCGGACGAAAGUAACAUUUCGCGAUCUCUACGUCAAUUGCUUAGUCAACGCGGAGGGCUGCUCGAAGACCUCCAAGACGAAGAUGAGGCAGACGCCACAAUUUGGAGACGAAUUCGGGAAGUUGUCACUUCUCUCGAAUGUCGGCAGGAUCAACACCACCAUGGCUUUCUUUAUCGAAAUGCGGACCGCACUGAGGACAUAUCAUCCUGUCCCAGCCUUACAAAAGGCGGACGGUAAUCUUCAGGACGCUCCGCGUAUCAAGAACCUUUUAAAGUCGUGUCUACGGGAGAAGAAUCUUUUGACACCUUCCGAAGUGCUUUCUCGAUCUGAGGCAGGAGAAGUGCCGCCUACUAGCAUUGUGAAUAUCAUAUUCAUAUUUGCUAACCAUGCUGCAUCAAUUGCCAAGGCACAUUUCGAUCCACAUUUGCCUUACGACUUUCUGGACCUAUUCACUCCUGUUCAUGUCUCAUCGGAUUCACGCGCACGUGCAUUUCUUUGGCUAUGUUACCAUUACCAUGAGGCAUCCUCCUGCAAUCCAUUCUCCGAUGCAUAUUCAGAUAAGAACAUUGGGCGUAUUCCUACGCUAGUUACUCUGACUCCCGAAGAAGCCGCUCUUGAAAACAUCGACACACCUGAAGAAAGGGACUUGGCAGAGAGGAUGACGGUACGGCGGAAAGUAUUCGUUGAUAACAAGGCAAAUAAAGAGCAGGACAAAGGCCAAGAUGGCAGAAAAUCCGAUGCUAAGGGCGCGGCGGGAAGGGUACGAACGAGACGCAGGAAGAAUGAUGCUCCCGAUACACUGACGAAUGCUCUGAUGGAGCGAGAGGCUGUCUCAGCAAGUCUCGCGAUGCCUCGCGAGAAUGGAUUUGUAUCAGGAGUGGUCUCUACACCCCAUCAUCUGGAAUUUGUUCUGCCCGAGGUGCAUCUCCAACGAUCUCUUUUCCUCGGCCCCCAACGUCCGCUGCAUAUGGCACACGCCUCGGAGCCCUUACUACCGACACGCGCCCUGGCCGACCCAUAUCCUCGGCAAUUAUCGUGUCCCGAGCCUCAGCGCUCGACUGACGGGAAGCCCGUACGCACACGCAUGCGCAGGCAGCGAGAGAGACCGGCACACCAUAUUGUGCAGGAACCAUACGCUGGUCAACCGAGAUAUGUGCACCCGUCCUCCACUCCUUUCACCUAUCGUUCUCCCCCUUACGUCACUCCUUCCUACGUUCCGAGUUAUGCUAUGCCAGCCGCACCUCGACCUGUCGGUCCCCCACACAGCAUGCUAGAUCAUGCAUGGCAAGUGGUGAUGACGACGGACCCUCUUCAAGAUUCAGACGACGAAGAAUUUGCGGAUGAGAGUACACGUCAUGACUAUAUCCUGCGCCUCCGGGUUAUCAGUCGAUUGCGUGGCAAGCAGCCAACACCCGAACCUCAAUAUUUGCCUCCUAUCUCUUCAAUCCUUCCCGGCUUGAUUUGA